UGGAGCCCGAUCGCAGAAGCCGACGGGCCGGGCCGGGAUGGUGCAGCGGCGGCUCCGCGGCGCGCGCGCGCACUGAGCGGGCCCGGGCUGGGCCUCGCGUCCCCCGAUCCCCCCGCGCCCCCCGCCGCCCCGGCCCGGGCCGGCAUGAUGUGCCUGGAAUGCGCCUCGGCGGCGGCGGGCGGCGCGGAGGAGGAGGAGGCGGACGCCGAGCGGCGGCGCCGGCGCCGGGGGGCGCAGCCAGGGGCUGGAGGUAGCGCUUGCUGUGGGGCGCGGGGUGUUGGGGGCGCUGGAGUCGUGUCCGCCGACGAAGAGGUGCAGACGUUGUCCGGCAGCGUGAGGCGGGUCCCGUCCGGACUCCCCAGCAUCCCCAGCACCCCUGGCUGCGCAGCCGCUGCCAAGGGCCCCGGCGCGCCGCAGCCCAAACCCGCCAGCUUGGGCCGAGGGCGGGGGGCAGCCGCUGCCAUCCUGAGCUUGGGCAACGUGCUCAACUACCUGGACAGGUACACUGUGGCAGGGGUUCUUCUGGACAUCCAGCAGCACUUUGGGGUCAAGGACCGGGGCGCCGGCUUGCUGCAGUCAGUGUUCAUCUGCAGCUUCAUGGUGGCUGCCCCCAUCUUUGGCUACCUGGGCGAUCGCUUCAAUAGAAAGGUGAUCCUGAGCUGCGGUAUCUUCUUCUGGUCUGCCGUCACCUUCUCUAGUUCUUUCAUCCCUCAGCAGCACUUCUGGCUGCUAGUCCUGUCCCGAGGGCUAGUAGGUAUUGGUGAAGCCAGCUACUCCACCAUAGCACCCACCAUCAUUGGCGACUUGUUUACCAAGAACACACGCACACUGAUGCUAUCAGUCUUCUAUUUUGCCAUCCCCCUGGGCAGUGGCCUGGGCUAUAUCACAGGUUCCAGCGUGAAGCAGGCAGCCGGAGACUGGCAUUGGGCCCUGCGGGUUUCCCCUGUCCUGGGCAUGAUCACGGGAACACUCAUCCUCAUCUUGGUCCCAGCCACUAAGAGAGGCCAUGCUGAUCAACUUGGGGGGCAGCUCAAAGCACGAACCUCCUGGCUCCGAGACAUGAAGGCCCUGAUCCGAAACCGCAGUUACGUCUUCUCCUCCCUGGCCACAUCGGCUGUGUCCUUCGCCACAGGGGCCCUGGGCAUGUGGAUUCCCCUUUAUCUUCACCGUGCUCAAGUUGUACAGAAGACAGCAGAGACUUGCAAUAGCCCACCCUGUGGAGCCAAAGACAGCCUCAUCUUUGGGGCCAUUACCUGCUUUACUGGCUUCCUGGGUGUAGUCACAGGCGCGGGAGCCACUCGUUGGUGCCGCCUGCGGACGCAACGCGCCGACCCAUUGGUGUGUGCCGUGGGCAUGCUGGGAUCUGCCAUCUUCAUCUGCCUCAUCUUUGUGGCUGCCAAGACCAGCAUUGUGGGGGCUUAUAUCUGCAUUUUCGUUGGAGAGACACUGCUGUUUUCUAACUGGGCCAUCACUGCAGACAUCCUCAUGUAUGUGGUCAUCCCCACUCGAAGAGCCACUGCUGUGGCCUUGCAGAGCUUCACGUCCCAUCUGCUGGGGGAUGCUGGGAGCCCCUACCUCAUUGGCUUUAUCUCGGACCUAAUCCGACAGAGCACCAAGGACUCCUCUCUCUGGGAGUUUCUGAGCCUGGGCUAUGCACUCAUGCUGUGCCCUUUUGUCGUGGUCCUGGGUGGCAUGUUCUUCCUUGCCACUGCUCUCUUCUUCCUCAGCGACCGUGCCAAGGCCGAGCAACAGUGCCGCUGGGACAGCAAUGAACUGCAGUUUAGGUUGGGAGAGGUUCUCCAGCAUCCUGGACCCGUAGGAUGGUCCCAAAGCUUCCUGUGUGACUCACAGUUGGGUACCCACCCUCUUUGGCCUAGGACUGCCAGGACUGAGUGGCCCUAUCUUCAAGAAGAAGCUGCAUCCUCAGUUAACCUGGAAGGCUGUGUGUGCUGGAAUCACUCAGCUGGACACAGCUCCAGCCCUGGCUGGGGGCUGAAGGGCCGAGAUAGAAGCCACCCUGCAGUGGGUAUUUGGAGAGAUUCUGGCCUGCCCUUACCUCAUGUGAUCUUGAGGGAACCACUAUCCUCCCUAGACAGAGGAACCAAGGAGCUGGAGUUUCCUCCGUUGUGUGCCAUGCAAGGCACCCUCCACAGCUUUGAAGAAACAGGUCCUGGGCUAUACACAGAAGACAUGGCUCAGGUCUCAGGACCUCAGUUCCGGUUCUGAGGUCUGCCAAAGGCUCUGGUGUAUGGGGACCACUUCCCCACUCUUAGGCUCUAACCUUGGGAACAGCAAAUUCAGCCUGGCACAUGUAGCUGGGUACCCACUUCUGAGUGUUUGUUGGCUGGGACAGUCUCCCAAUACUCUUGCUUCAGCUAGUUCUUUGCCUGGAAGUUUUUCUCAGGUGGGAGCACCCCCUUAGAGGAAGCUGCAACACUAGGGGGUGAAGGCCCUGGUGGUAGGCUGAGAAUCUGACCUUUCUUCACACUGGCCCCCCAACUCCUGCAGUCCCCCAGAAGCCACCUCCUCCCACAGGAAGACCUGAGAGCCCUUUCCAAUGAGGAAUCAGGAUGCUACUUCUUGGCCUAGGGUCUGAAACUGCUGGAGAUUGCCCACCAGUGCCUGUAGGUACCACAACCCAACUCUCUCUCGGGGCCAGGCCUUCACCCCAGCCUUUGAUCACACUACUCCCACACACACAACCCGUCACUCCCCUGCAGCCACUGUAGUCACCUUUGGGCACUUGUCCCCAGCUUUACACUCCUUGCACACUGUAACCAAGGUGGCUCUGGUCCUGGGGCAUCGUAACUUUCGGGAAAGUUCCAGAAUCAGCUUGGACAACAGUCCCUGUGGCUGUAUCCCACUUGCUGUGGCUUCAGUGGUACCCACUCCACCAAACUCUGGGGCACCCUGGAGGUUUGGACAUGAGUGUGCAGAGGGUGCUCUCCAUAAAGACCAGCCUGGCCCCCCCAACCCCAGCAGGGGCUCUAGCAAUGUUUUCUUGUUGUACAAGAACCAGGUCCAAGUGUUGCCUCCUCUUCCUUCCGGAAGCAGAACUGCUCCUUUAUUUUUUAGAGCUGCUCAUCGUGAAUUUCAGUCUUAAGAGAGAAUCCAUAUAUAUAUUCCUCUUGUAAAUGAAUAAAUAAACCUAUUUAAAUGUU